UUGUUUACAUUAGCGGCGGCUGACGGAGGGGGGCCUUCUGGCUGAAAACACGUCUCCACUGACUCCACGGCACAGCCAGUCAUUGUGGGGGGAAGAAAAAACUUUUUGUAGGACAGGCAAAGUGCCACGCAAGAACAGAGGCCCACCGAGUUCACUGGGUUGUUGCGACCUUGGACAGAAACGGAGAAAGUCACAACAAAGACGAACGCCAUAAUAACCAUCGGAGGAAACUUAACGUGAAGGAGGAAUAGCUUAGCAACAGAGUCCCACUUCCUGAGGUGUACAGGAUCAAGCUCCUAACACCAUGGAUAUGGAUAUGCACCCACAAGGACAGCAAGCAGGCGUGCCAGUAUUUCAACCUCAGAAACCGCUGCAGCCAGAUAUGGGCCAUAACUCAUUGGCCAACUUCCAAAUUGAGAAGAAGAUCGGACGCGGCCAGUUCAGCGAGGUGUACCGAGCGAGGUACCUGUUAGACAACACGUCGGUGGCCUUAAAGAAAAUCCAGCAACAGCAAUUGAAUCAUCCCAAUGUGAUAAAGUAUCACGCAUCUUUUAUUGAGGACAAUGAGCUGAACAUAGUUCUGGAGUUAGCUGAUGCUGGGGAUCUUUCUCGUAUGAUCAAGCACUUUAAGAAGCAGAGGAGGCUCAUCCCAGAGAGAACGGUGUGGAAGUACUUCGUCCAGCUCUGCAGUGCUCUUGAACACAUGCACUCCCGAAGAGUUAUGCACAGAGAUAUCAAGCCAGCCAAUGUGUUCAUCACAGCUACUGGUGUGGUUAAACUGGGAGACUUGGGACUGGGAAGAUUCUUCAGCUCCAAAACAACUGCUGCUCACUCUCUUGUGGGUACCCCUUACUACAUGUCACCAGAGAGGAUACAUGAAAACGGCUACAACUUCAAAUCUGACAUCUGGUCGCUAGGAUGCCUCCUCUACGAGAUGGCAGCCUUACAGAGUCCUUUCUAUGGGGAUAAGAUGAACCUCUACUCGCUUUGCAAGAAGAUAGAACAGUGUGACUACCCCCCUCUUCCUGCAGAUCACUACUCGGAAGAGCUGAGGAACCUGGUAGAUAUGUGCAUCAACCCCGACCCGGAGAAGAGACCGGACAUCACUUACGUGUCCGGCAUCGCCAAACACAUGCAGAGCGUCACACAGGGCUGCUAAGCCCAGAGUCGCACACUACACCCUGCAGAACUCCUCCACUCAUCCACUCCUGCCUUUUAUGUUGGACUCCAAACACAACUUUUGCCCUUUACAAAAAAACAAAAAACCUCCAGAGUUUAGUUCCUGGUGAUACCUGGUACAUGAAGCAGAUAUUUUACUGCCAGGGUAAAGUUUAUGAAACAGACCGGAGUCAGUGAUCUAGAUGUUCUUCUCUCAGUAGGUAGAUUUUCAAUUUUAGGAUUUGAAUUUCAACUUUUAUUUUGUUGAGGUUGAAAAAUUGUCUCAGUUUGUGUUUGUUGGCAUCCAUCCUGCAGCUGUGACUAUCAUUUACCACAGUCAGUGACAUUAGUUGGUAGAAAUAGUGACUUUUCAGACCCUUUCAACAACUUCUCAUGUGUUUUCAAUGGUUUGCAACGUUUUGAACAGUAUUGCAUCGUGAAACAAAAAUAAUAUUCUCCUAUGCAGGCUGUACAUAUCAGUGCUCCCAGAUUAUAAUUUGUGCCAUGCACACAUUCCCAUACUCCUUUCCACUUGUCAUAUUACAACCACAAACUUUAGAGUAUUUCACUGUAACUUUAUAUGACAAAGAAACAGAACUAGUGUAUAAUAAAAAGUGGAAGGAAACGGAUGCACAGUUAAUUUAAUAAUUAUGCUUAUGCUAAUUAUGCUAUAGUAAUGUUUGCAAUUAUGUGAUGCUGUUAAAACACAUACAAAUGAAUUUGAUUAUUUUUCUUGGAAUGGAAAGUAUAGCAAAAUUUUGUCAAUCAUGUCUUUCUCCUUUAUUUCAAUUUUAUAGUAAACAGGACAGCAAACAUCCAGUGACUUUUACUUGAGGUAGUAAUCUCAGCUAAAUAAAGUAAUUAUUUCUGAAUUAAAAGUUGGUGGUGCUCAACAUAAAUCUAAAAAUAGUAAAAAAUAAUCAUUAGUUUUAUUAGUACAGAUAAUAAGGACACAUUUUGCAAAAAAGACCCCGAAGUAAAACGACAACCAAACUUUGUGGCCUUCACUUACGGUUAAACUGACCUUUUUGACCCACAUAGUGAAAAGUUUGGACACCUCUGCACUAAAGUUUGUAUUUAUAAUAUGCUAGAAUGUACAAAGAUCAAAGCUUAUGAAUACUUUUGCAAGGCCCAAUAAAUAUUACAAUAAGCCCAGAAACAUGAGAGUUAGGAGAAGCCCAACUAAAAGUCAUUAUGUUCUCUGCAAGAACAAGCAACAAGUAAAAGGUUCUGCCCAGCGGAUGUGUCAAAAACAUCCAUCUGUUGUCUGUACACACCUUCCCUUGCAAAAUGGUGGGAGUCCUCUGCCUAUCUGCAGAGGUCACAUCCUGGAAAGGUCGCCAGUCCAUCGCAGGGCAACACAGACACACACUGGACAAGCAACCAUCCACACACUCUCAUGCUUAGAGACACUUUAGAGACCGAUUAGCCUAACAGUGAUGUUUUUGGAAUGUGGGAGGAUCCCAGAAAACCCUGAGAGAAGCCAGACAUUCCUGAGGGGAAAAUACAAAUUGAUGCAUAAAGACCGCAGACUGGGAUUCAAACCCAGAACCUUCUUUCUGCAAGGUAGUUGUGUCACUGCGGAGCCACGUGUCCAAAAAAAAUAAAAAUAAAAAGCUGCAAGAACUCCCAAACCAUGUCUCUGUCAUUGCAGAGGAUGAGGCCUUAGCACCGAACCCUUUCUGCCCCCAAAAACAAUUAUGGAGAAAUAUAUUUUUCUUUUUUUAGAAAAUGUUCUAAGUGGAGAAGGUCAACACUUAGUUAGAAAAUAGAUACUUGGCACAAAAAAAAAAAGAUAAAAGAUUGCCGUUUUAGCUUUAAAUGUGUAAAGAAAUUCAGACAACGCUUUACUGCACGGUGUAAAAAACUCAGAAACUUAAAAUUCUGGUGGAGAUUUGUUUUCACUGAGUGACAGCAGCAAAUCUGAAACAAAGCAGAGCAAUUGAUGGUUGAUAUGUUGUUGUGUUGCACUUUUUUACCCUGGCAAAGCAAGGCUGGCAGGGUUAUGUCAAAUGAAUGUAUUAGAAAAGGAAGAAUCAUUUACAGGAUAGACUAGAGACGUGCUUGGGGGAGAACACGGGCAAAUGUCUCCACAACACUUUGAAUGUUAGUCAUUUUGACACCUUUGUGUUGUCUGAAAACUUCACAAUGUCUCUUUUGACAGCCCCCAUAGUCGCUGAAGCUGUAACAAAAGCAGUUUUAUAUCUGCUGUUUACCCUUCCCGUGACACCAUGUUUUCUUCUUAGCUCAGCUCCAGCGAAGUACAAAGUGUCACGUUGUUCUGGGUCUGUAAAAGUCACAAAGAAAACGUUAAGAACAUGAAAUAAAGCUUCCUUUAUUUCAGGGUCCAUCAGACACAUCUGACCCUCCAUACAGGUGGUCAAGUUCAAGGCAGCCUCGUUAGUAUUGCAGCGUUUUUCUCUCUUGUGCUAUAAAUAAGAGAUCUCUGUCAAGCCGUCCGUGUUUGGAAGACACCGCAGUGUGCCUAAAUUGUGUUCUCAGUCAAAGUAUCUCAAACAUUAUUAUCAAUCUAUGUGAAAGUAUAUUUAGUUGACCAUAUAUACACCCCUGUUUAAAGGAAAAAGCCAUGAUGGGAUGUUUACUCUUCAUACCAAAGACAAACUGGGUUCAUGGGAUGGAUUACUGGUUAGUAUGUGUUUUUUCUCCAGUUUCAUGGCACUCACCUAGUGCCAUGAACUGACUGUAACUGGUUUACAUUUCAACAUUGAAACCGUUCUGAAGGUAAAUGUAUAGUGAUUAAUAACACUAUUUUAGUGUGUAAUAAACCCCCUGCUUCCUUAACAUCCAAUGCAUCAUAUGUGUGUUAUAUACAGAAUCAAAACUUACAAGUGCAAGAAAAGAAAGGUUGGUUAACAAAUAUGUUAAUGAUGUGUUUAUAGUUACAGAAAUACAGAGAUUUACAGCAAAUACAGUGUUUGCUAGUUGUGUUUUGCAAGUAUAUAUAUAUUUUCCUUUCUUUUCUAUGACUUUUUUAUUAUAAAACCGUUUCUUCCCCUCAGCUACCAUCCUGAUAAUGCUCUAUUAAUGAGUAUCCAGAUAGCACCAAAAUAUUUCAGUAUUCUUUAGUAUUUGUCUGGGACUUGUUGCUGUAAUGUUUGAAAUUUUGGUUUUGGUGGAGUUUUUUCUUUUAAUUUGGCAAAUCGACAUUGAAACUAAAGUACUAAAGCUGACUCUGCAGCACCUUCAGGAGGCAGGCCUUGAUAUUUCCUGGAUGCAUAAUUAAUUAAAGCAUUUUUACUGUAUGUAAAUUCACAUAAAGUGCCUUUACUUUGAAAGAUGAAGCAUAUUAUACAUAGGAAAUUGAGCUCUAUCUGUGCAGACAUUACCUGCAAAGUUAGAGUUUUCUUUUAUCUUUCCAAAGAAGGUGAAAUUCUUGGUAUUCUUGGUAUUUUUAUUUGUAACUUGCCUGACUGUGCCUUUUUAGCUUUUGUCCGUUUUCUCCUGCAUGCCCACUGAAGUUGUUUUUGAAGAGUCCAGAAAGUAAAAAUGGAAACAUUGGUGAUAUUUAUUGUCUUGGUAGCUUUAGUUGCUUUGUCAGCAUUUCAUGACAAAUGAAAUUCACAUAUCACAAAUGCAAUGUAUGAAAAUUAAAAAUGAAUAAAGCUUUAACAUUUUUGUGGACAUUGA